UUACUUUGCUGGAGUGUAAAGUUUUGCACGAGUUCUUCUUUCGUCGCUGUUCGACUUCGCUCCUUCGACGACGUUCUCUUCCAGUUGGAGCGGAGGCUUACGACAUUUUUUCAUCGGAAACAACAACGGGAGCUCGCUUGUGAAGAUAACUUUCUCCCUUUCGCGCGCUUCUUAGGCCAAAUCCCAAAAUCCGCCGAACCAAAGGAUUUCGCAAAUCCGGGAUUUACCACGAAAAGAGGGAAUUUUCCGUCAACCGCGGCUUUGAUUUACCGUGAGAUUUGGUUUUGCAUUUUGGUCGUUUGGCUGGAUUUAGCUCAAAUCCGCUUCAAAUUCGGUCUAAAGCCUGCAUCCAAACAGCCCCUUAAGAUAAAUGGAAGAACCUGGAUUUAAGAGGCUGUAGGGUUUAAAGCUUUUUAUUUUUGCCUUUUGACAGGAUCUAAGAUUAAAUCCUGCUGUUAAGCAACUGCAAAGAUGUCUCGAAUUUGUGUGAAGAAUCUCCCAAUGUACGUGAAAGAGGAUCGACUGAGGGAAUUCUUCUCUCAGAAGGGCGAGGUCACCGACGCCAAACUCAUGCGAACUACAGAUGGCAAAAGCAGGCAGUUUGGUUUCGUAGGUUUCCGUACCGAGAGGGAAGCCGAUGAAGCCCUCAAGUUUUUCGAUAACACCUACAUGGACACCUCAAGAAUCACAUGCGAGAUUGCUCGGAGAGUUGGUGAUCCAAACACACCUCGCCCGUGGAGUCGUUAUUCCGUCAUGAAAAAUAAUCUCUUGAAAGAAAAUAGCAAGGAGAGCUCUAAAAAUUCUUCCCUUACUACUUCUAAAGGUCAAAGAUCCUCGAGUGCUUGUGUAAAAAAUCUUGGAAGCAGUGAAAAUAGUGAUUCUAAGCUUAGAGAGUUUAUGCAAAUAAUGCAGCCACGCUCUAAAGCAAAGUUGUGGACUAAUGAUACAAUACAUUCUAUGGAUUUUUCUGAACAAAAAUCCCCUGAGAAAGAAACACAACAGGGUAAAAUUAAGAAGUCAUCUCUGUUGCAAGCUCAAUUGUUUGAUGAAUCUGAUUUGGCUGAUAAAAGUUCACCAAGGUCCUUAAUCAAAGGAUCCAAGAAGUCCCCAACAGAUAAAUCACCUCAAGUUGCAAAAGAUGAUGUGAUAUCAGAUAUGGAUUAUCUAAAGAGUCGUAUCAAGAAAAAUUGGUCAGAUUCAGAAGCAGAUGGUAGCUUUGAUGAAGAUGGUGAUCAUGGUAGUGGAAAUGGCCACAAUGAUGACAAUUCACACAUGGAUGUAAAGGAUCAAAUUGUCAAGUAUGAAGAUUCUCAUGAACAUGCCAUAAAUGCCCAACUUGCUGAAGAGAACAUUGAUGAAGAAAAUUGUGAUGUUGAUAAUAUGGAUAGAGAAAACCCAAUGGCAACAUAUAAUGAUGACCGAAGCCUGGCCCUCGAGACUGGGCGCCUAUUUGUACGUAAUCUUCCAUAUACAACCAACGAGGAUGAAUUGCGUGAUCUCUUUAGCCAAUUUGGUGAUGUUUCUGAGGUCCAUCUUGUAGCUGAUAAGAAUACAAAAAGAUCCAAAGGCAUCGGUUAUUUGCUUUACACACUUCCAGAGUCUGCAACGAGGGCUUUAGAAGCGUUGGAUAACUCCAUAUUUCAGGGAAGAUUAUUACAUGUUAUGGCUGCAAAACCACAAAAUAGAGCUAAUGGAAAACUAGGGUCUGAAACUACUACUGCCAAUGAUAAGAAAAAUCUUAAGCAACAAAGGGAAGAACAAAAGAAGGCAUCUGAAGCUAGUGGUGAUACACGGGCAUGGAAUAGUUUGUUUAUGCGACAAGAUACUGUUGUUGAAAAUAUAGUGAGGAAGCAUGGUAUUAGUAGAAAUGAUUUUCUUGAACGAGAAGCAGAUGAUCUUGCUGUGCGUAUUGCACUUGGAGAAACUCAAGUGGUUACUGAGACCAAAAAGGCCUUAUCCAAUGCUGGUGUUAAUGUUGCUUCUUUGGAAGAGUUUGCUUCUAAAAAGAACAGCAAUACAAGACGAAGCAAUCAUGUUAUACUAGUGAAGAAUUUGCCAUAUGGUUCUACCGAAGGGGAACUUGCAAACAUGUUUGUUAAGUUUGGGACUUUGGACAAGAUCAUCCUUCCUCCGACGAAAACAUUGGCUGUGGUUAUUUUUCUUGAAGCAGCUGAAGCUCGAGCAGCAUUUAAAGGUUUGGCAUAUAAGAGAUACAAAGAUGUUCCAUUAUAUUUGGAGUGGGCUCCAGAUGAUGUACUUUGUCCUAGACCGGGGAUAGAGGAAAAUGAGCCAAAAGAUGCAGUUAGUGAGCAGAACUCGAGAAAUGUUAUGCUGAAGCAAGCUGUAGGUGUGUUAGAAGAAGAAAUUGAUCCUGAUAGAGUUGAGUCAAGGUCAAUAUUUGUGAAAAACUUGAAUUUCAACACUUCGGAUGAGUCCUUGAAGGAUCAUUUCCUAAAGAUCGUGAAAUGUGGCAGCAUAAAGAGUGUCAAGGUGAAGAAGCAUGUUAAAAAUGGCAAGAACUUGUCCAUGGGUUUUGGUUUCAUUGAGUUUGAUACUGUGGAAACAGCAACAAACGUCUGCAGAGAUGCACUGGGAACCAUCCUGGAUGGGCAUGCACUGAUCUUGCAACUUUGCCAUGUCAAGACUGAUCCUCAGGCUCUGAAGAAAGAAGGAAAAGAUAAGAGUUUGACUAAACUGAUCGUGAGAAAUGUGGCAUUUGAAGCAACUGAAAAGGAUCUAAGGCAGCUGUUAAGUCCAUUUGGCCAGAUUAAAAGCUUAAGACUGCCUAUGAAACUUGGAAGCCACCGGGGUUUUGCAUUUGUGGAGUACUUCACGAAGCAAGAGGCACAGAAUGCUUUGCAAGCUCUUUCAAGCACACACCUUUAUGGGCGUCAUCUGGUCCUAGAGCGAGCCAAAGAAGGAGAGAGCUUGGAAGAAUUGAGAGCAAGAACAGCUGCCCAGUUUAUAGAUGAACACAGUGGAUUUCAAAAGUUGUCAAGGAAAAGGAAAAACUUGAACAUUCUGGAUGAAGGAAAUGUGAAGUUUUCAAAAUUACUAGAUUGAUCUCUCAGUAUUAUUGUAGUUCUGGGUUUAAUUAUUAGAGAGCUAUAUUUAGGCACAUUGUAAAUUAACAAUUAUACCCAGUUCAAGUUCUUUUGUAGUUAAGUUAAUCAUUGCAGGCCAAAAUCCCUUACCACCUGCUUCAAGAAA